AUGGUGGUCUCGGGGGCCAAGGGCUCCAAGAUCAACAUCUCCCAGGUGAUCGUGGAGAACGGCGAGCUCAUCAUGGGCAUCCUGUGCAAGAAAUCCUUGGGCACCUCGGCUGGGUCCCUGGUGCACAUCUCCUACCUGGAGAUGGGCCACGACACCACGCGCCUCUUCUACAGCAACAUCCAGACCGUCAUCAACAACUGGCUGCUCAUCGAGGGUCACACCAUCGGCAUCGGGGACUCCAUCGCCGACGCCAAAACCUACCAGGACAUCCAGAACACCAUCAAGAAAGCCAAGCAGGAUGUCAUUGAGGUGAUUGAGAAGGCUCACAACAACGAGCUGGAGCCCACACCCGGCAACACCUUGAGACAAACCUUCGAGAACCAGGUGAACCGGAUCCUCAACGACGCCCGCGACAAAACCGGCUCGUCCGCCCAGAAAUCCCUGUCCGAGUACAACAACUUCAAAUCCAUGGUGGUCUCGGGGGCCAAGGGCUCCAAAAUCAACAUCUCCCAGGUCAUUGCCGUGGUGGGCCAGCAGAACGUGGAAGGGAAGCGGAUCCCGUUUGGGUUCAAGCACCGGACGCUGCCCCAUUUCAUCAAGGACGAUUACGGCCCCGAGAGCCGCGGCUUCGUGGAGAACUCGUACCUGGCCGGGCUCACCCCCACCGAGUUCUUCUUCCACGCCAUGGGCGGGCGCGAGGGCCUGAUCGACACGGCCGUCAAAACGGCCGAGACCGGUCAGUGAGAGUGUCCCCAUGGUCAUCUGGGGACUGGUC